UCGUCUUUUGCAAUAGCGUACAGCGGUGCGAGCAAGCACUGGUAUCUGAGAGAGAGGGAGAGAGAGAAAGAGAAAGAGAAAGAGAGAGAGUUCGAUAACGUGUUGACGUUUUCUUUCUUUUUUCUUGGGAAAUAUACUACCACGUGCUACGGAUAAUAGGUGCUUGUAACCUAUGAGAAGAAUUAAACAAAAUGCCGAAAUCAAAGAGAGAUAAAAAAAUAUCCCUUACAAAAACUAACAAAAAAGGGAAAUUAUUGAAACAACAAAUAGUAGAAGAUGUACGUAAUUGUGCGACAAAGUAUAAACGUAUAUUUUUGAUAUCCGUACAAAAUAUGCGUAACAAUAUAAUGAAGGAUUUACGCAACGAAUUGAAGGACAGUAGAUUUUUCUUUGGAAAAAAUAAAGUUAUAGCAUUAGCCUUAGGUAGAACACCAGAGGAAGAAAUUGUUAAAGGAAUAAAUGUUCUAUCCAAUGAAUUGAUAGGUCAAUGUGGAUUAUUGUUUACUAAUCUUAAAACGAAAGAGGUAUUACAAUGGAUGGAGGAACGCGAAGAACUAGAGUUUGCACGUUCUGGAUUUGUACCAGACGUAUCUGAAACGUUACCAGCAGGUCCAAUGCCAUUAUUUCCACAUAGUAUGGAACCUUAUCUAAGGCAAUUAGGUAUGCCAACUGAAUUGCAAAGAGGAGUCGUUAUAUUGACGAAAGAUUUUAAAGUCUGCAGAAAAGGACAACCAUUGACGCCUGAACAAGCAAAAAUUUUUAAACUAGUGGGAAGACGCGUGGCUACAUUUAAAUUAAUUCCAAUAGGCAUUUAUUCCACCAAACAUGGAUAUAAAAGGCUUUCGUCAUCAGAUAAUAAAAAAGAAAACGGUAUUGAAGAAAUGGAAGUUACCGAUGAUAUUGUUACUACGUAAUGUUAGUAUUACGUAUACAAAAAUGUAAUAUAUAUGUAUUGUAUUGAAAUAUUUUUUGUAUUAAAAUUUGUACAGAAUCUUACAAACGUAGUAUCAUUAUGUGUUACCUUUAAUGAAAUUAAUCCUCGAUAUCAAGAGACAAGCUAUACGUACAAAUAUUAAAAGAUUCAAAAUGUAUAUCAACAAAAUUAAAAAACAAAUGAUUGUAGAAUAAUGUAACGUUUCAACUUCGGGUCGUUAAAUUUUCAAUUAUGUAAUUCAAUGAAAUUAUAAAGUUAAAAAUAAUAAAAUUUUACAAAACAAAAUGACAUUACCAUUGAUAUUUAUUAUAUUUUGGAUGUUUGGAAUGAUAUGGGGUGCGUAUCAUUGGUAUAACGAUAACGAAUCAUCACAUGUUCCUUCUCGUAAAGCAAAUUUUAAACAAAAACUAAAGAAUAGAAAAAGUACAACGUCCAUUGAAUCCAUGGAUAUAUCAGAAAAUGAAGAUUUUCCCAAGUGCGUCAAACGAAAGAUAAGACAAGAGAAUAAAACGCGAUGGCCAAGUAGGACGUCGUUUAACGAGUAAUAAAAGUAUUUAAUAUUUCGCAAAUUUAUGUAUUACAUAUGUCGAUAAAACGAAGCAAACGUAUAAAUAAACUAUAAAUUAUGGAAAUAUAAAAAUUUAUAGACGUAAUGGUGUGUCUGUAGCAUUUAUUAUUUGCGAUUUUUCGAAGCUACGAUACAUAUACAUACAUACAUAUUUAUAUAUAUGUAUUUUUCAUAUACGUAUAUAUAUAUAUAAAAGCAGUACACUUAGGAUCAUCGGCUUACGAUUAGAAUAAUUCAUUAAUACUGCAGAAAAUAUACAUAGGAUAUUUGAAUUGAUGCUACAUAAUGUAAACAUUAAAAUCAAUCACUAAGAGAUCCAUUCUAUAUAUGUGAGACGCAUGAUCUCAAAUAUUUUACAUUGUUCUAAUGUAAAAUCCAUAAAAUGUAAGUAUAUUAAAACAAUUAACGUAUUAAAACUAUUAUCACAAUAUCAAAAAAAAAAAAAAAAAGAAACUAUAAA